UCCCGCAGUGACUUUCGGUCGGCUCUCCCCCGCGGUUCGACGUUCGCGAGAGUGCCUUAACAAAAAUAUCUGUAACCAGACUCCUUAAGUCAGAGCAAAGUGAGUGCGUUUAAGGGGAAACUGGUGGUGGAGGGCCCCAAUCGAUACGCGAAUACUUUAUUUGUAAAUAUUUCCAGCGAAUUUCGUGAGGUGCAGUGCGUACUUGGAUCGUGCAUUACUGGUUGUGGCAUACGCGUUUUCUGCCGCGCGCAGUGUGCCUCCGCAGUUUGGGGCACUUUACGUGCAAAGUUAGCGAUCGCACUCGACGUGUACAGUGGGCAACAUUACGGGAGUGUGUGAUAAAUGAAAUCGCGAAAGAAUCCGAAAGGGAAACAACACACAAAGCUUAAUUUGGAGUCGCGCUCUGUGUACGUGCAGAACCUGCAGAUAUGUACAUCGGGUCGGGUGUGUUGAUAACUAGUAAAGGUACGAGUCACUAGUAAACGACAGACAAGUGAGAGGUGAUUUUCGGGGUUUUGGACUUUUGUUUUAUUAUAUUUUGGUUUUCCGCUCGCCGUAGCGGAUGGUGAAUGGUGAAAAUCUGAAGCAUAAAUUACGACCUGUGGAUACGGUCAGUGGCUGAAUGUGUGCGAGAGUACAGUGUAAAUGUAAAUUAAUCCAGCUCUCACUGGUACGUGAAAGAGUUGCUAAACGUACUCGAAGUGGAAAGCUGUGGCGACUGUCCAGCGAGUGACGGCCAGGCUUAACGUGGUUGUGCCAAGCCAAGUGAGGAAGAAAUUGUUGGGCCUUGCACAAAUAUCUGCUACCCUGCCCAUGUUAGUUUCAGCUGAUAAGAAAGAUAACAGCUCGGAGACACUGACUCGAGGAUGAUAACGCUUGCUUGAAGAAGAAGAAAAACGAUUUGACCACAAAUUUCCCGUUCCAUCGAAAUUCGAGGUACCGGCCAACCGGUCGACCACGAUGGCCACCUCGCCGACCUCGACCAACACCAACUCCACCAACUCGGUCUCGCUGCACCGCCAGUCGAGCAAGAAUGCCGACUCGAUCUCGAUCUGUUCGACCACCAGUGCCUUCUCGACCUGCCCGGACCGGCACGGCUUCUACAGGGCACCCAGUUCUCGGAGAAGCCCGCAAGAGACGCUCACGCGCGAGCAGAUCAUGGCCCGGGAGAAGAAGUGGCUCCACAUGACGAACCACUGGCAGGAGUACAUGAGCAAAAACUACAAAAAGCUUCGUGAACGCUGUCGCAAGGGAAUCCCCCAAGCGGUCCGGCCUCGGGCCUGGUUCUACCUGACCGGAGCGUACCAGCUGCAGGAAAAGUACCAGAACCGGUACAGCGACCUGCUGCGACAGCACGGCAACCCACAGAUCAUCGAGGAAAUCAAAAAGGACCAGCACCGACAGUUUCCUCACCACGAGAUGUUCAUCGACGAGGAAAAGCCCGGUCAGAAGGAGCUGUUCAACGUCCUGAAAGCGUACUCGAUACACAACCCCAAGGUCGGUUACUGCCAGGCCCAGGCGCCGAUCGCGGCCUUCCUGCUGAUGCACCUGCCCAGCGAGCAGGCCUUCUGGUGCUUCGUGACGAUCUGCGACAAGUACCUCAAAGACUACUUCACCCCGGGCCUGGAGAUGCUCCAGCGGGACGCCGCCAUGCUGAACGGUCUGCUCAAAAAGACCUCCCCCUCGGUCUACCGGCACCUGCAAAAGCACAAGGUGGACCCGCUGCUCUACAUGACCGACUGGUUCCUGUGCGCGCUCACCCGAACCCUCCCGUGGGACACGCUGCUCCGCGUCUGGGACUGCUUCCUGUGCGAAGGCAUCAAGAUCCUGUUCAAGGUUGCCCUCGUGAUACUGGGAGCGAGCCUGAGUUCGCACAAGGUGCGCAAGCAAGCGAACGGCCUGUGCGAAACGCUGGAGGUGCUCCGGAAUCCGCCGAAAAAGUACCUCGAGGCGGACUUUAUCAUGCACCACAUCUUUCGGCUGAACAUAACCGUCGAAGAUUUCAUCCACGAGCACAAAAAGCAGGAGAUGCUGCACCGGAAGGCGAAGGUGUCAUAGAAGCAGGCCAGGGCGGCCGGUGGUUCGGGCCAGCAGCAGCAGCAGCAGCAGCAGAAUCCGUCCAGCAGUGCCAGUUGAUAACUCUCUCUGGUGGUGUCGAACUAGUCUUGGACGGAGGAUGCUUGGACCUCGAAAAGAGCAGUGUUAGAUU